AUGUCGGACUCCAAGCCCCCCUCGGGCCUCGACUCGGAGCUCGAGUCCUUUCGGCAGCAGUGGCUCUCCGACCUGCGCACCCGCAAGGCCGAUGCCCCUCCUCAGACGCCGUCCGCCGCACCCGCCGGCGCUCAUCACGGUCAGCCGCCGCCGCCGUUGCCAUCAUCGUCAACAGCUGCAGGCACAGCAUCCGCGGCGCCGCCGUCACGACGGACCGCCUCGUCGCCCACGCGCAGCAGAAGGCCCGCGCCACCGCUGCCGCAGCAGGUCGACCCCGCCGACGCAGAGGAUGAUUACUUCAAGCCCCAGUCGUUCGAUGACCUGCCGUCGCCGGCGCCGGUCACCGGCCACACUCUCGACGGGUCCGUACGGCCGCCCCCUGCGCAGGUGACGCCGUCCUCCCCGUCCGAGGGCCGCCUCGUCUCGGCCUUGGACCACUACGAAGAGGCCAUGGAGAAGGAGGCCCAGGGCAGCAUGGGCGACAGCCUCAAGCUGUACCGGCAGGCGUACCGGCUGGACCACCGCGUCGACAAGCGGUAUCGCGAGAAGCACUUUCCCGCGUCAUCCUCCACCAAGCCGGCACAGACCGCCGCAACGGCACCAUCCUCCGCGGCCGCCACUCAAGCCCCUCCCCCUCAGGCGCCGUCAGGUAAAGGCGAAGACGCUGCCGCCGAGCCGCUCUCCACGCCCGACCUCAUCGCCUCCUUUGCCGCCCUCACCAUCGAGCCCCUCCCGCCGCACGUCGACGGCGACCCCCCUCCGCCGUGCCCCAUCGCCGCCCUCCCCUCGGAGCUCCUCGUCCACAUCCUCGCCGACCUCGCCGCCGAUGACCCGGCCGCCCUGGCCACCGGCGCAGCCCUCGCCUGCAAGCGCUUCGCCUACCUCGCCGCCACCGAGCAGCGCCUGUGGCGGCGUGUGGCCCUCGGCUCCCGCUGGGGCUUCGCCGGCAUGCACUACUACUGGGCCCGCGCCAUCGAAUGGGAGCCGCUCGAGGAGGAGGACGUUGUGCUGAGCCCCGACGAGGCGCGCGAGCUGCUAGGCGACGACGACGACGACAGCGGCCUCGUCCACGACCUUGGCACAGACGGCGGCACCACGGCCCUCGUCAUCACGGCCGAGGAGCUGCGCCGCCGCCGUGCCCACGCCCAGCUCCGUCUCACCACCUCGCUCGUCCCGUCGGCCGCGUACCCGUCGUGGCGGGACCUCUUCCGCGGGCGCCCGCGCAUCCGCUUCAACGGCUGCUACAUCAGCACCGUCAACUACGUCCGCACCGGCCAAAUGUCCACCAACCAGGCCACCUGGGGUGGCGCCCCCGUCCACAUCGUCACCUACUACCGCUACCUGCGCUUCUUCCGCGACGGCUCCUGCAUCAGCCUGCUGGCCACGGACCCGCCCCGCGACGUCGUCCACCACCUCACGCGCGAGGCCCUGCUCCAGGCGCGCGAGCGCCUCGACCACCACCAUCACCACCACCAUCAUCAUCGCGACCGCGAUCAGGCGCACGUGCUACCCUCCUCAGCCACCUUCAUGCGCAAGGCCCUCAAGGGCCGCUGGCGCCUGUCCGCCUCCCUUCGCCGGCCAUCCCCGGGGCGAGAUGUCCCGCACCACCAUCACCAGCGGGCGGCCUCGGCCGUCGACGCCGCCGCCGUCGUUACCAAGGACAACCCCUCCGAGGAUGCUGCCGCCGCCGCCGCCGACGCCGACGAGUUCGAGGGCGACGUCUUCGUCGAGACGGAGGGCCUCGUCGGCACAAAGUACACGUACAAGAUGGACCUGGCGCUGCGCAGCGCCGGCAAGGGCACGCGCAACAACAAGCUCGUCUGGCGCGGCUUCUGGAGCUACAACAAGCUGACGGACGACUGGGCCGAGUUCCAGCUGCGCAACGACAAGCACUACUUCUUCAGCCGCGUCCGGAGUUACGGCAUCGGGGAGUGA